UCCGGUUCCUCUGGCAGGUCAGCUGACUCCGAUGCUGCUGUCAGUCAGGAGACCUCACGAACUGUCCUGAAUGGCAAUUAUGCAUGUUGUCAAGCCGUAGAAACGCCACGGGAAGCUUUGUUUACACCGUUACCGGCCACGCUUUUAAUACACGGGUUUAUCUAGUUGCUCGAGUGCUGCAAACAUGACAGAGUUUUGGUUGAUCUCUGCACCUGGAGAGAAGACGUGCCAGCAGACAUGGGACACAAUGAUGGCAGCCACCACACGCACCAACAACCUUUCCACCAACCACAAGUUCACCAUUCCAGACCUCAAGGUUGGGACACUAGAUGUCUUGGUUGGACUGUCCGAUGAACUGGCCAAAUUAGAUUCCUUUGUUGAAAGUGUGGUGAAGAAGGUGGCUCAGUACAUGGCCGACGUGUUGGAGGACAGUCGAGACAAAGUGCAGGAGAACCUGUUGGCCAAUGGAGUUGAUCUCGUCACCUACAUCAUACGAUUUCAGUGGGACAUGGCAAAAUACCCCAUAAAACAGUCACUUAAGAACAUCUCUGAAAUCAUCUCAAAGCAAGUAACCCAGAUUGACAAUGACUUGAAGGCCAGAGCAUCAGCUUAUAAUAACCUGAAGGGAAACCUGCAGAACCUAGAAAGAAAGAAUGCGGGGAGCCUGCUGACAAGGAGCCUGGCUGACAUUGUCAAGAAGGAAGACUUUGUACUGGAUUCAGAGUACCUCAUCACUCUGCUGGUAGUUGUACCAAAGGCAGGAUACUCUGACUGGCAGAAAACAUAUGAAACACUCGCUGAGAUGGUGGUGCCUCGAUCCACAAAUCUGCUGUAUGAAGACAGUGACAGUGGCCUGUUCAGCGUCACUCUGUUCAGGAAAGCCAUGGAUGACUUCAAACACAAAGCCAGAGAGAACAAGUUCACUGUGAGAGAUUUUCAGUACAAUGAAGAAGAGAUGAAGGCAGACAAGGAGGAAAUGACGCGGCUUUCUACGGACAAAAAGAAGCAGUUCGGUCCUCUCGUCCGAUGGCUGAAAGUGAACUUCAGUGAAGCUUUUAUUGCCUGGAUCCACAUUAAAGCUCUGAGGGUCUUUGUGGAAUCUGUUUUAAGAUAUGGGCUGCCGGUGAACUUUCAGGCCAUGCUCUUACAGCCUAACAAGAAGACCAUGAAGAAGCUGAGGGAGGUGCUCAAUGAGCUGUACAAACAUCUGGACAGCAGCGCGGCGGCCAUCAUUGAUUCUGCGAUGGAUAUCCCAGGCCUGAACUUGAGCCAGCAGGAGUAUUAUCCUUACGUCUACUACAAGAUCGACUGCAACUUGUUGGAUUUCAAAGCUUAACACUUUGCACCGCAUUUGUCGUCGCGUUGGUUGCUGAUAAAAUUUUUUUUCCUGGGUCAUACCUCCCUUUCUCUUCUCACGCUACCUUCUCUCCCCGCUGUCUCCCCUCUCCGUCAGCUGCUUGAAUGACCGUGCUUGCAUGUCCAUUCCUUGUGGAGAAAAAGGCUCAUCAACAAGCUUCUACCACUUUUACAAACACGGAACAAAAGACACUUUUUAAUAUUGUUUGUGUUUACAGUUAAUUAAAUCUUCUCAAGCUACGCAGAUUGUUAUAAAAUAUUGAUGUGAUCAUGAUUGAGAGCUGCAUAUUUACUGUGUGAUUCCACGUGUGCUGGUGUGUAUUGAUAGAUACAUCAUCAUGCAUCGCUGUUCAGAGAUCUGUGUUUACAUGCGGGCACGUCUCAUUAUUGUACCCAUGGCAACGCUAUCAGGUGUUUCUGAGACACCCCUGCACACAUUGUGAAACAAAGAUGUUAUAGGAGUGUAUGUGGUCGUCUGAUGUCGUGUGUAUUUUCUGUCUAAAAGAGAUCUAUUUGUGAACAUUGUGUAAGCCGUUGAUUGAAUAAACAUGACUGGUGAAUAAA